UAGUUUUCGGUACACAGCAUGAAAGAACGUGUCGAUGAUUAAGAUUGCUUCGAAAUGUCACCCGUAUUAUUAUGAAAAAGCAAACCAAAAGAGUGUCCGACGAUUAAAAUGGGCCGGGUCAGACCAAAUAGGAUCGCCAUCUUUCAGUUAGUUAGGAGCUCUCUGGCUAAAGCUAACCGAAUUAUCUCUCCGACGAUUUCUCUCUCCUCUUCUCUGCAACCGUUCUAGGGUUCCCCAUGGGGAAGAUGACCUCAAUUGAGUCCGCCACUGCCUGGGGCUGGGCCCUCGAAGCCCUCGCAAGCUCAAAACACGUCGCCGUAUCGAUUCUACACGAUUUGACCGCCCAAAUCCCGCCAAACUUACCCGCCGAUUUGCGACGGAGCAUCACCGAAAGAGUCGCUCUCCGAUGCUUGGAGGAACUAUCCACCGCUCACGAUGCUCCUCCGGUCAGGCGGUCCGAACACAGCUUCGAUUUAUCGGAGAGCUGCGAGGAGGUUCUUAAACGCGUUUUGAAUGAGUCAGCAGAAGGUGAUGUGAGGAAGGAAGGAGGAGGGAGGUGGAAAUGGGAUAUUGAGUCCUUUACUAAGCACAAAAGAGAUCGCAUGCCGAAUAGUACUUUGGACAAGCUUAAAGAGUCGAUUGGUGAUGGUAGGCAUCCAUAUGCUGAAUUGUUAGGAAGAAAGAGUGGACUAGGAUCUGUUGCGGUGGCGGGGAGUGAUGGUAUUUUGAGGUUUAAUGGUGGAUGCUCUAAUGCUCCAAACAUUGGCGUUAGAGAAGAGCGGAAUGAUGAGAAUGGAUUGCCUUCCAAGAGGAGUAGGAUUGAGUUAGAUACUGAGAAAGUGGUAGAUGAAAACCAUGAGGAUGAUGGUUUGGGUGUGAUUUCCAAGAAGACGAAGAGGGAUGCCUCUUGUGCUUUGCAGUCUGCAGAGGACAACCCAGUUCCUUUAGCGGGAAGGCAAACGUUGGAACACUCACUGGAAAGGGAUAUUCCAGUUCCAGAGGGAGAAGGGCGUGUGUCGGAAUUUCAGAAGGAGGUAACAGAGGAAAGGUUGGUAGAAAAUCCUUGUGCAGAUAAAUCCAAAGAUGGUAGUAAUGGGUUUAGUCCUGAACCGACAACAUCAGGUGUUGGUCCUUCACAUGGAGCACAGCAUAAGGUUUCUGCUAAAGAUUCCAGUUGUAACAUUGAGCACGAGUUUCAUAUUGAAGUACGACAUCCUGUAUCUGUUGGUGGAUCCAAACAGAAGAGUAUUGUUGAUGAAGGCGGAGAUAAGAGUGAGCAUCUUCCUGAACCAACAACAUUGCGUGUUGCUCCUCCAGACAAAGCCCGGCAUAAAGUAUUUGCCAAAGAAUCUGUUUGCAACCGUGAGCAUGAUUCUCGUAUUGAUAUAACAGCUCGAGCAUCAGCAGAAGUAUCCCAGAAGAAGAACAUUGCUAAUGGAGCCAAAGACAAGUCACAGUUGGAUUACAUUUCCAUGGAGAAGCAUAAGUUCUUGAGCUCUAAAUGUACAUUGACUCGUUAUUGCAAUUCGACAGAGAAGGAUCAUUGUCUAAUGUGUAAUGGAGGUGGUCAGUUGUUGAUUUGUAGUACCAGUGAUUGCCCUUUGGUGUAUCAUGAAAGCUGCAUGGGUUCCGAAUUCAUCUCUUAUGUGAGCGGUGACAUUUACUGCCCCUUCUGUGCAUAUUGUCUACAUCUCAUGGAGUGUCUAGAAGUUGAGAAAGAAGCUUUGCGGUUAAGGAAGGACCUAUAUUUGUUUAAUUGUGUACUGGGAUCUUCUUAAGGAAGUCAUUAGAAUGGGCAUUUGGGAAGAAAAUUAAGAAAGUCAUUAGAAUGAACAUAUAGGAAGUCAAAUCGGAACAUGUAGUCAAUUUUGGAAUAGGGGGGGAAAUCGACAAGUAGUACCUCCUGCAUUUUUCAGAGAAUAUACAGAAAAAAGCAACUGCAACUGGUAGAUUACACUAUCUGUAUGAACUUUCGACAUUGAUUCCUGGUGAUCUUAAACAUUGAUGAUGAGUUGAUUAUCCCUGGUUUUACCAUCUGGUAGUGUGUUCUACAGAUUAUCCUAGUGCUUUGGUGUUCCAAUCUGAACAUUGGGCAAUAUAUGACACAGAGAUGCUACUUUUUGCUUAUCAAGAUUUCCAAUUGUUACAGUCUCGACAAU